UUGUCAAAUUGCCGUCUGCAGCGAAGCUCUCUUUGCGACGGCUUAUCCGUUUAAUUAUCGAUUCUUAUUAGAAAACCUGCUUAUAAUCAUACAAAAACAUGGGAGACUCCCUUGACGGGAGUGAAAAUACGCCUGAGGCGGCAAACGUCGUGCUAGUCGACUUCCAAGACUUCGCAAACUACCUGCGCCGAGCUGCAACGGUACUUUUGCCCGAGGAUGACAUCGUUCCACCGGCGCUGAACGCAGCUCUUGACGACAAAGUGAACCAAGACUGCAUUAGAAAGUUUGCCUCUGAUCCGCAGGUGUCUUCAUUGUAUGUGCAGCGGUUCUCGUCAAAAGAGGAUGACAAUGAACAGCCAACAGAAGGUGAAGAAGAGAAGGAAGCAGUCACCUAUCAGAUCAGCAAUGAGGUGCACUUCACGUCUCCACGAGUGGCAGCAUUUGUGUGCAUCAAGCGCGGCCAAGUCAUCGAGGCCGACAAAUCUAUCCACAGCCAGCUGCGACUCAUCAACCUUUCCGAUGGCUCUCCAUACGAGACUCUCCAUGCCUUUAUUAGCAAGACCAUGGCUCCUUUCUUCAAGAGCUAUGUGAAAGAAAGCGGAAGGGCUGAUAGGGAUGGAGACAAGAUGGCACCAUCAGUUGAAAAGAAAAUUGCAGAAUUGGAAAUGGGUCUCUUACACCUUCAGCAAAACAUUGAUAUCCCAGAGAUUACAUUACCAGUCCAUCCUUUAGUGGCAGCUGUAAUUAAAAGAGCUGCAGACGAGGGUCGUAAGCCACGCGUAGCUGAUUUUGGAGACAAGGUUGAGGACUCGACAUUCCUCAACCAACUUCAGAAUGGAGUCAAUAGAUGGAUCAAAGAAAUACAAAAGGUCACCAAGCUAGACAGAGACCCAUCCAAUGGAACUGCAUUACAGGAAAUUUCCUUCUGGCUAAACCUGGAGAGGGCUCUCCACAGGAUCCAAGAGAAGAGAGAGAGUAUUGAGGUUGCCCUCACCCUCGAAAUCCUGAAGUACGGAAAGCGGUUCCAUGCCACUGUGUCUUUCGACACAGACACCGGCCUAAAGCAGGCACUUGCUACAGUCUCCGACUACAAUCCUCUAAUGAAGGACUUCCCCAUCAAUGACCUUCUUAGCGCCACCGAACUUGAGAGGAUCAGAUUGGCUGUACAGCAAAUCUUCUCCCAUCUCCGUAAGAUUCGCUCUACCAAAUACCCCAUACAGCGUGGCUUGAGGCUAGUGGAAGCCAUCUCUCGUGACCUUGGGCAGCAACUCCUGAAGGUUUUGGGUACUCGACGUCUUAUGCAUAUCCCCUUCGAAGAUUUUGAACGCGUAAUGACGCAGUGCUUUGAAGUAUUUUCGUGCUGGGAUGACGAGUACGAAAAGUUGCAGGGAUUGCUGCGAGACAUAGUAAAGAAGAAGCGAGAUGAACACCUCAAGAUGGUAUGGCGCGUGUCACCGUCACACAAGCGGCUGCAGGCUCGCAUGGAGCACAUGCGCCGCUUCCGCAGGCACCACGAGCAGCUGCGCACUGUCAUGCUGCGGGUACUACGCCCUCGCGCUACCGUGGCAGCCGAAACCGGCGCUGGCGGUGAACCGGCCCAGCCUCACUCGCUACCUAUGGACGCCGCCGAUGCCAACGCUAUUGCAGAGGUGAAUCUGGCGUACGAAAAUGUGAAAGAAGUGGACUGCCUGGAUAUAUCUCGAGAGGGCUGUGACGCGUGGGAAGCAGCCGUACGUCGCUAUGAAGACCGAAUUGAUCGCGUCGAGACCCGCAUCACAGCUCACCUCCGCGACCAACUCGGCACAGCCAAGAACGCCAACGAAAUGUUCCGCAUCUUCUCGCGUUUCAACGCUCUGUUCGUGCGGCCCCACAUUCGCGGCGCCAUACGCGAGUAUCAAACACAGCUCAUUCAGCGCGUGAAGGACGAUAUUGAGGCUCUGCAUGAGAAGUUCAAGGUCCAAUACCCCCAAUCUAAGUGCAGUCGUCUAUCCUUGGUGCGAGAUUUGCCGCCGGUGGCUGGUUCCAUCAUUUGGGCUAAGCAAAUCGAUCACCAACUCACUGCUUACUUGAAGAGGGUUGAAGAUGUCCUUGGCAAGGGUUGGGAAAACCAUAUUGAGGGGCAAAAACUGAAAGCAGAUGGGGAUAGCUUCCGUCUGAAAUUAGAUACCCAGGAAGUGUUUGAUGAUUGGGCUCGCAAGGUCCAACAACGCAACCUCGGCGUAACUGGUCGCAUUUUCGCCAUUGAAUCUGUGCGGGCUCGCUCUAGCAAAACUGGGACAAUACUGAAGCUGAAAGUUAACUUUUUGCCAGAGAUUAUCACCUUGUACAAAGAAGUGCGCAACUUGAAGAACUUAGGAUUCAGAGUCCCAUUGGCAAUCGUCAAUAAAGCUCACCAAGCCAACCAACUGUACCCGUUCGCUAUAUCACUCAUCGAAAGUGUUCGCACUUACGAACGCACCUUGGAAAAGAUCCGGGACAAAGCAUCGAUUAUCCCGUUAGUGGCUGGACUGCGUCGUGAUGUUCUAAACCAAGUAUCCGAGGGCAUGGCACUUGUAUGGGAGUCAUACAAACUGGACCCAUACGUGCAGAAACUGAGCGAAGUCGUUCUUCUGUUCCAAGAGAAGGUUGAAGAUUUAUUAGCAGUAGAAGAACAAAUCUCCGUGGACGCUCGUUCGCUCGAAACGUGCCCGUACUCGGCUACGAGUUUGGCCGACAUUCUGAGCCGCUUGCAGCGAGCCAUCGACGAUUUGUCUCUGCGCCAGUACAGUAACUUGCAUUUGUGGGUGCAGCGCCUUGAUGAAGAGGUGGAGAAAAGCCUUGCGGCCCGUCUGCAAGCCGGCGUUGAAGCUUGGACCGCUGCUCUUCUGGGCAAGACCAACGAGCUCGAUCUGUCUAUGGACACGUAUUCCCCCGCUGAGCCUACUCACAAACCUGGAGGAGAACCACAGAUCGCCCGCGUAGUCCACGAAGUCCGUAUAACCAAUCAGCAGAUGUAUCUCUUCCCUUCACUGGAAGAAGCUCGCUUCCAACUGAUGCGUCAAAUGUUCGCGUGGCAGGCUGUUGUGACCAGCCAACAUCGCUUGCAAAGCACUAGAUACCAAGUAGGCGUAGCGCGCGCUCAAACAGCUACGUACAGGAAUCUUCUCACCAAACUGCCCGGUGGAUCGUCGCCCCUUGAAAACGCAUACGAUGCCAUCGAACAGAAAAUCUCGCAAGUCCGUGAAUACGUUGAUGAAUGGCUGCGCUACCAAGCUCUGUGGGAUCUACAGCCAGAAAGUCUGUACGGUCGUCUUGGCGAAGAUAUUACAUUGUGGAUCAAGUGCUUGAAUGACAUCAAGAAAUCUCGCACCACCUUCGACACUUCGGACACUCGUCGCGAGUACGGGCCGGUGGUAAUCGACUUCGCGCGCGUGCAGAGCAAAGUGGCCCUUAAGUACGACGCGUGGCAUAAGGAAGUGCUGGGCAAAUUCGGAGCGCUGCUGGGUGGAGAGAUGGUUCAAUUCCACUCGCAGCUCGCCAAGUCGCGUUCUCAACUAGAGCAGCAGACUAUCGAGGCUGCAUCUACCAGCGAUGCCGUAUCGCUCAUCACGUAUGUGCAACAGCUGAAGCGAGAAGUGCUAGCUUGGGAGAAGCAGGUGGACGUCUACAGGGAGGCACAGCGCAUCCUCGAAAGACAGAGAUUCCAAUUCCCAACCCAAUGGCUACAUGUUGAUAAUAUUGAAGGAGAAUGGAGCGCAUUCAACGAGAUUAUGCGCAGAAAGGACUCGUCUAUUCAAACUCAGGUGGCAUCGCUCCAGCAAAAGAUUGUAGCCGAAGACAAAGCGGUAGAAGCUCGUACUUUGGAAUUCCUAGCUGAAUGGGAACGCAGCAAGCCCACUGAUGGGUCUACCAGACCCGAAGAUGCUCUGGCCCGCCUGCAGGCCAUGGAAACCAGAUACACCAGACUCAAGGAUGAAAGAGACAAUGUGGCUAAAGCUAAGGAAGCCUUGGAACUGCAUGAAACUGGUACCUCGGUGAACAACGAGCGAAUGACUGUGGCUCUAGAAGAACUGCAAGACUUGCGUGGCGUGUGGUCUUCGCUUAGCAAAAUCUGGACCCAGAUCGAUGAUAUUCGCGAAAAGCCCUGGCUAUCAGUGCAGCCUAGAAAACUACGGCAACAACUUGAAGCUAUGCUCAACGAGCUGAAAGAACUCCCGGCUCGUCUGCGAAUGUACGACAGCUACGAAUACGUCCGCAAGCUAUUGCAAUCUUACACAAAGGUGAACAUGUUGAUCGUAGAGCUGAAGUCCGACGCGCUCAAGGAGCGUCACUGGCGCCAGUUGUGCCGCGCGCUCAAGGUUGACUGGUCGCUAUCUGAACUGACCCUUGGCCAGGUGUGGGACGCCGACUUGCUUCACAAUGAGCAUACGGUGAAGGAUGUUGUCUCGGUUGCUCAGGGAGAGAUGGCGCUGGAGGAGUUCUUGAAACAGGUCCGAGAAUCGUGGCAGAGCUACGAGCUGGACUUGAUCAACUACCAGAACAAAUGCAAGAUCAUCCGCGGCUGGGACGAUCUCUUCAACAAGGUCAAGGAGCAUAUCAACAGCGUCGCUGCCAUGAAGCUCUCUCCGUAUUACAAGGUGUUUGAAGAGGAAGCUUUAACUUGGGAAGAAAAAUUGAACCGUAUCAAUGCGCUAUUUGACGUGUGGAUCGACGUCCAACGCCGCUGGGUGUACCUCGAAGGUAUCUUCAGCGGAUCAGCUGACAUCAAGACCUUGCUCCCUGUUGAGACUAGCAGAUUCCAAAGCAUCAGCUCUGAAUUCCUGGGGCUGAUGAAGAAAGUGGGCAAGUCGCCGAUGGUCAUGGACGUGCUAAACAUCCCGGGGGUACAACGCUCGCUGGAGCGCCUAGCCGACCUGCUCGGCAAGAUUCAGAAGGCGCUCGGAGAAUACCUUGAGAGAGAACGAAGCAGUUUCCCACGAUUCUACUUCGUGGGUGACGAAGAUCUGCUGGAAAUUAUCGGUAACAGCAAGAACAUAGCUCGCCUGCAGAAGCACUUCAAGAAAAUGUUCGCUGGAGUCGCCGCCAUUAUCCUCAACGAAGACAACACUGUCAUCAACGGUAUAGCGUCCCGUGAGGGCGAAGAGGUGUACUUCAUUUCGCCAGUGUCGACCAUAGAGAACCCGAAGAUCAACUCGUGGUUGUCAAUGGUGGAGCGUGAGAUGCGCGUGACCCUAGCCUGCCGAUUGAAAGACGCUGUAGGAGACGUCAAACAAUUCAAAGAUGGGAACGUUGACCCCACCAAGUUUAUUGAGUGGUGUGAUAAAUAUCAGGCCCAAAUCGUGGUGCUAGCGGCUCAAAUUCUCUGGUCGGAAGACGUGGAAGCGGCGCUAGCCAGCGGUGGUGGAGACGGCCUCAAGCGAGUUCUGGCUCAUGUAGAGAACAUGCUAAACAUAUUAGCUGACUCCGUGCUGCAGGAACAACCACCGCUUAGGAGGAGGAAGCUUGAACACUUGAUCAACGAGUUUGUACACAAGCGUACGGUGACCCGCCGUCUGAUUGCCUCCGAUGUGAACAGCCCACGCAGUUUUGAAUGGCUCUGCGAGAUGCGAUUCUACUUCGAUCCUAGGAAUAACGAUGUGCUCCAACAACUUACAAUCCACAUGGCCAACGCCAAAUUCCUCUACGGCUUCGAGUAUUUGGGCGUCCAAGACAGGCUUGUUCAGACACCUCUAACAGACCGAUGCUACUUGACCAUGACACAGGCUCUGGAAGCCAGGCUUGGAGGAUCGCCAUUUGGACCGGCUGGUACCGGUAAAACGGAGUCUGUAAAAGCACUCGGAAACCAACUCGGUCGUUUUGUGCUAGUAUUCAACUGUGACGAGACCUUUGACUUCCAAGCCAUGGGUCGUAUCUUCGUCGGUCUUUGUCAGGUGGGAGCUUGGGGUUGCUUCGACGAGUUCAAUCGUCUCGAAGAGAGAAUGUUGUCAGCCGUAUCGCAGCAAGUGCAAACCAUACAAGAAGCCCUCAAGAGUCACCAGGAGGGAGACAAUACAGCCAAAUCUAUCACAGUGGAACUGGUCGGCAAGCAAGUGCGUGUAAGCCAGGACAUGGCCAUCUUCAUCACCAUGAACCCUGGAUACGCGGGUCGUUCCAACCUGCCCGACAACUUGAAGAAACUGUUCCGCAGUUUGGCCAUGACCACGCCCGACCGACAGCUUAUUGCUGAGGUGAUGCUGUUCAGCCAAGGGUUCCGUACCGCUGAGAAGCUGGCGUGCAAGAUUGUGCCUUUCUUCAAACUUUGCGACGAGCAACUGUCGAAUCAAUCUCACUACGAUUUCGGUCUGCGAGCUCUCAAAUCUGUGCUCGUUUCUGCCGGUAACGUCAAGCGUGACCGCAUUCAGAAAAUCAAGGAGAACCUUAUCGAGCGCGGAACAGAAGUGCCGGAUGAAGCAUCCAUAGCAGAAUCGCUGCCCGAACAAGACAUCCUGAUUCAGUCGGUCUGCGAGACCAUGGUGCCCAAAUUGGUAGCAGAAGACAUCCCGCUACUGUUCUCCCUUCUCAACGAUGUGUUCCCUAAUGUUGGAUACACCAGGGCUGAAAUGACUGGUUUGAAGAAUGAAAUCCGUGCUGUAUGCGCUGAGGAAUUCCUCGUAUGCGGAGAAGGCGACGAACAAGGAUCUACCUGGAUGGACAAGGUUCUCCAACUGUACCAAAUAUGCAAACUCAAUCAUGGUUUGAUGAUGGUCGGACCUUCUGGAAGCGGAAAGUCAACGGCUUGGCGCGUACUGCUCAAAGCUUUGGAAAGAUUCGAGGGUGUGGAGGGCGUAGCGCACGUGAUCGACCCGAAGGCAAUGUCCAAGGAAACGCUGUAUGGUGUGCUUGACCCCAACACCCGUGAAUGGACUGACGGUCUCUUCACCCACAUACUCAGGAAAAUCAUCGACAACGUUCGUGGUGAAAUCAACAAGCGUCAAUGGAUCAUAUUCGACGGCGAUGUAGACCCCGAGUGGGUAGAAAACUUGAACUCUGUGUUGGAUGACAACAAACUGCUGACGCUUCCCAACGGAGAGCGUCUGUCACUGCCGCCUAACGUUCGAGUCAUGUUUGAGGUGCAAGAUCUGAAAUACGCAACAUUAGCUACUGUGUCGCGUUGUGGUAUGGUUUGGUUCUCGCAAGAUGUGCUCACCACCGAAAUGAUCUUCGAAAACUACCUGAUGAGACUAAGAAAUAUUCCUCUGGAGGACGGCGAAGAAGACUCCUUCAGCAUCGUAAUGGCGGCUCCAACAGCUGGCGGUGAUCAGAAUGCCACAGAGAACAUCCUUUCACCAGCUUUACAGACCCAGAGAGACGUAGCCGCGAUCCUACAGCCAUUGUUCUUCGGCGAUGGUCUGGUAGUCAAGUGUUUAGAGCGCGCUGCUUCUCUGGACCACAUCAUGGAUUUCACCCGCCACCGGGCUCUCUCAUCUCUACACUCGAUGUUGAACCGUGGUGUAAGGAACAUUCUGGGAUACAACCGUCAGCACCCAGACUUCCCUGUUACUAACGAGCAAUUGGAAGCAUACGUGCCUAAAUGGCUUGUGUAUUCACUGCUGUGGUCAUUCGCUGGUGACGCGAAAUUGAAGGACCGCAAUGAACUUGGAGACUUCAUUAGAUCUGCAAGCACGAUGCAACUGCCCAAUUGCGGUGCCAAUCAGCAUAUAAUCGACUUUGAGGUAUCAAUAACCGGUGAAUGGGUGCCGUGGUCGGCUAAGGUGCCGCAGAUUGAGGUAGAGACCCACAAGGUAGCCGCACCAGAUGUAGUUGUUCCAACGCUGGACACGGUGCGCCAUGAAGCCUUGCUGUACACUUGGCUGGCUGAACACAAACCACUGGUUCUCUGCGGCCCGCCCGGUUCCGGCAAAACCAUGACUCUCUUCUCGGCGCUGCGAGCGCUGCCCGACAUGGAGGUGGUCGGCUUGAACUUCUCUUCGGCCACCACGCCCGAGCUGCUGCUGAAGACCUUCGACCACUACUGCGAGUAUAGGAAGACGCCCAAUGGCGUGGUGCUCGCUCCAGUGCAGCUCGGCAAAUGGCUGGUACUGUUCUGCGACGAGAUCAACUUGCCUGACAUGGACCAGUACGGCACGCAGCGUGUGAUUUCCUUCCUCCGACAGCUGCUUGAACACAAAGGAUUCUACAGGGCUAGUGAUCACUCGUGGGUGCACCUGGAACGCAUUCAGUUCGUAGGCGCGUGUAACCCGCCGACCGACCCGGGCCGAAAGCCCCUGUCGCACAGGCUGUUACGUCACGUGCCUGUCAUCUACGUCGACUACCCUGGAGAGACUUCAUUGGAACAGAUCUACGGUACAUUCACUCGUGCAAUGCUCCGAAUGCAACCAGCCCUGCGUGGUUACGCGGAACCUCUAACCCAGGCCAUGGUGAAACUGUACUUGGCGUCUCAAGAACGCUUCACACAAGACAUGCAACCUCACUACGUGUACUCGCCCAGAGAAAUGACCAGAUGGGUGCGCGGUAUCUGUGAAGCCAUCAGGCCUUUAGACAACUUGUCAGUAGAAGGUUUGGUUCGCCUCUGGGCUCACGAGGCACUCCGUCUAUUCCAAGACAGACUGGUUGAGGAUUCUGAAAGGCAAUGGACUGACGAGAACAUCGACAAUGUCGCUAUGAGAUUCUUCCCAGGCAUAAAUCGAGACCAAGCGCUUGAGCGCCCCAUACUUUACAGCAACUGGCUAAGCAAAGAUUACGUGCCAGUAAACAGAGACCAACUCCGCGAGUACGUCAAGGCUAGACUGAAGGUGUUCUACGAAGAAGAAUUGGACGUACCUCUAGUGCUAUUCGACGAGGUAUUAGACCACGUGCUGCGUAUCGACCGUAUCUUCCGCCAGCCGCAGGGCCAUCUCCUGCUGAUUGGAGUCUCGGGAGCAGGAAAGACCACGCUCAGUCGCUUCGUUGCCUGGAUGAACGGACUUAGCAUCUUCCAGAUCAAGGUCCACAACAAAUACACUGGUGCUGACUUCGACGAGGACUUGCGUACUGUUCUGCGCCGCGCCGGCUGCCGCGAUGAGAAGCUGGCCUUCAUUCUCGAUGAAUCCAACGUGCUCGACAGCGGUUUCCUUGAGAGAAUGAACACGCUACUCGCCAACGGAGAGGUCCCUGGUCUCUUUGAGGGCGACGAAUUUGCGGCUCUGAUGACGCAAUGCAAAGAAGGUGCGCAGCGCGAAGGAUUGAUGCUCGAUUCCAAUGAUGAACUUUACAAAUGGUUCACCGGGCAAGUAAUGCGCAAUCUCCACGUGGUGUUCACGAUGAAUCCUUCCUCCGAGGGCCUGAAGGACCGCGCGGCGACGUCGCCGGCGCUGUUCAACCGAUGUGUGCUCAACUGGUUCGGUGACUGGAGCGACGGUGCUCUCUACCAGGUGGGCAAAGAGUUCACGAGCCGCAUGGACCUAGACUCGGCAGAGUACGUGCCCCCAGACCUAUUCCCAGCUGCUUGCGGUAUGAUCGGUGCGCGGCCAUCGCACCGCGCCGCCGUCGUCAACGCAUGCGUGUAUGUGCACCAGACCUUGCACCAGGCUAAUGCUCGGCUGGCCAAACGUGCUAACAGGACCAUGGCUAUUACGCCUAGACACUACCUAGACUUCAUCCAGCAAAUGGUGAAGCUUUACGCGGAGAAACGCGCCGACCUUGAGGAGCAACAGCUGCACUUGAACGUGGGGCUGGGCAAGAUUGCCGAGACCGUGGAGCAGGUUGAAGAAAUGCAGAAAAGCCUCGCUGUCAAGUCGCAGGAACUCCAAGCUAAGAAUGAAGCAGCCAACGCCAAACUUAGGCAGAUGGUAAAAGACCAACAGGAAGCCGAAAAGAAGAAAGUAGAAAGUCAGGAAAUCCAGGUUGCUUUAGAAAAACAAACAAAGGAAAUUGAAGCGAAGCGACGAGACGUAAUGGCUGAUUUGGCGCAAGUGGAGCCGGCUGUCAUCGAGGCGCAAAACGCGGUGAAAUCGAUAAAGAAGCAGCACUUGGUGGAAGUGCGAUCGAUGGGCAACCCGCCGGCGAUCGUGAAAGUCGCCUUAGAAUCGAUUUGCCUCCUUCUCGGCGAAAACGCGACAGACUGGAAAGCGAUUCGAGCCGUCAUCAUGCGAGAGAACUUCAUCAACAGCAUCGUCUCCAACUUCUCUACCGAGGACAUAACUGACGACGUUCGUGAAAAGAUGAGGACUCGUUACUUGAGCAAUCCGGAUUACAACUUCGAGAAAGUGAACAGGGCCAGUAUGGCUUGUGGUCCUAUGGUCAAAUGGGCUAUUGCUCAGAUUGAAUACGCGGACAUGUUGAAACGCGUGGAACCGCUUCGCAAUGAGCUCAAGGCUUUGGAAGACCAGGCACAAUACAACGUGAAGGCGGGCGACGAAGUGCGUGAUCUGAUCGCACAGCUGGAGAAGUCCAUCGCGUCGUACAAGGAAGAAUACGCGCAACUCAUCAGCCAGGCACAGGCUAUCAAGACUGACCUGGAAAAUGUACAAGCAAAGGUCGACCGAUCCAUAGCCCUGCUCAAGAGCUUGGUGAUCGAAAGAGAACGUUGGGAGUCCAGCUCGGAGACAUUCCGCUCGCAGAUGAGCACCAUUGUAGGCGACGUGCUUCUAUCCGCCGCCUUUAUCGCUUAUGGGGGAUACUUUGACCAACAUUACCGUCAAAGUCUGUUCUCGACUUGGACGGCGCACUUGGCGGCUGCUAACAUCAAGUACCGCGCCGACAUCGCCCGUACCGAGUAUCUGAGCAACCCAGACGAGCGGCUGCGCUGGCAGGCGAACGCGUUGCCCACUGAUGAGCUGUGCGUCGAAAACGCGAUUAUGCUCAGACGCUUCAACCGCUACCCGCUCAUAAUAGACCCGUCCGGCCAAGCGACGGAGUUCAUAAUGAGGGAGUUCAAGGACCGCAAGAUCACCAAGACGUCAUUCCUGGACGACUCCUUUAGGAAGAACCUGGAAUCAGCUCUGCGUUUCGGAAACCCGUUGUUGGUACAGGACGUGGAGAACUAUGACCCCAUCUUAAAUCCAGUGUUGAACCGAGAGCUCCGCCGUACUGGCGGCCGUGUACUCAUCACGCUCGGAGACCAGGACAUUGAUCUGAGUCCUUCCUUCGUCAUCUUCCUCAGCACCAGGGACCCGACAGUGGAGUUUCCUCCGGACAUGUGCUCGCGAGUGACGUUCGUCAACUUCACUGUGACGCGCUCGUCGCUGCAGUCCCAAUGUCUGCAUCGCGUGCUCAAGGCGGAACGACCGGACAUUGACACUAAGAGAUCAGAUCUACUCAAAUUGCAAGGUGAAUUCCAUCUCCGUCUGCGUCAACUGGAGAAAUCCCUGCUCCAAGCUCUAAACGACGCAAAGGGCAAGAUCCUGGACGACGACUCCGUUAUUGCCACCCUUGAAACUUUGAAGAAGGAGGCCGACGACAUCGGACAGAAGGUGGAAGAGACCGAUAAAGUCAUUGGUGAGAUUGAAACCGUUAGCCAGCAGUAUCUGCCGCUAUCUCAGGCAUGCUCCAGCAUCUACUUCACGAUGGAGUCGCUGAACCAAGUGCACUUCUUGUAUCAGUACUCGCUCAAGAUGUUCCUGGAUAUAUUCAGCUCGGUGCUCGUGUGCCCGCGUCUAAGCGGCGUCACCGACUAUACCGCUCGCUUGAACACCAUCACUGAGGAGCUGUUUACGGCUGUAUACGAGCGUGUGGCCCGCGGUAUGCUGCACACAGACCGCCUGACCUUCGCUCUGCUGCUCUGCCGAAUCCACCUCAAGGGCACCGGGGCCGCCGACACUCUAGAUCAAUCCUUCGGCGUGUUCCUUCGCGGCAAAGAAGGCUUUGUCAACCACGCGCCGCCGUCCGACCACCUUACCACGCAGCAACAUACCGCUGCUGCGAGGUUGAGCUCAAGGUUGAUGGCAUUCCGCCGCCUGCUAGAGAAAGCAGCGGAGCUCCCGGAACUCCCCGCGUGGCUGUCGCAAGCGGCGCCCGAGCAGUGCGUGCCGACGCUGUGGGACUGCGACGCCGCCGCGCCGCCCGCGCCGCACACGCUGGCGAUGUAUCGCCUGCUGCUCAUACAGGUGUGUUGUCCCCGCCUGCUGGGGACGGCAGCGGAGCCCCGGGCUCCCCGCGGGGCUGUCGCAAGCGGCGCCCGAGCAGUGCGUGCCGACGCUGUGGGACUGCGACGCCGCCGCGCCGCCCGCGCCGCACACGCUGGCGAUGUAUCGCCUGCUGCUCAUACAGGUGUGUUGUCCCCGCCUGCUGGGGACGGCAGCGGAGCCCCGGGCUCCCCGCGGGGCUGUCGCAAGCGGCGCCCGAGCAGUGCGUGCCGACGCUGUGGGACUGCGACGCCGCCGCGCCGCCCGCGCCGCACACGCUGGCGAUGUAUCGCCUGCUGCUCAUACAGGUGUGUUGUCCCCGCCUGCUGGGGACGGCAGCGGAGCCCCGGGCUCCCCGCGGGGCUGUCGCAAGCGGCGCCCGAGCAGUGCGUGCCGACGCUGUGGGACUGCGACGCCGCCGCGCCGCCCGCGCCGCACACGCUGGCGAUGUAUCGCCUGCUGCUCAUACAGGCGUUCCGCCCAGACCGCGUGAUUGCGGCCGCGACGCAACUAGUGGCCGCAGUGCUUGGCCCCAUAUUCCUAUCGCGGGCUGAGACCGAAUUGGACCUAGCUGGUAUUACCGACCAACAACUAAACGCUACUACUCCUGCACUGCUGUGCUCCGUGCCUGGAUAUGACGCUAGCGGUCGUGUGGACGAUAUGGCGACUGAACUAAACAAACCGCUCUCAAGUAUCGCCAUCGGAUCGGCGGAAGGAUUCAACCAAGCGGAGCGUGCUAUCAACACAGCUUGCAAGACGGGACGCUGGGUGAUGCUAAAGAAUGUGCACCUAGCACCCGUUUGGCUAGUGCAGCUAGAGAAGAAGUUGCACUCCCUGCAACCGCACCCGAACUUCCGUCUAUUCCUGACCACGGAGAUCAGUCCCAAACUGCCCGUGAACUUACUGAGAGCCGGCCGAGUGGUUGUCUUCGAGCCGCCGCCGGGCAUCCGGGCCAAUCUGCUCAGGACUUUCGCCACUGUCCCCGCUGCCCGCAUGAUGAAACCUCCUUCGGAGCGCGCAAGACUUUACUUCUUACUUGCUUGGUUCCAUGGCAUCGUGCAAGAGCGUCUCCGUUACGUGCCGCUCGGAUGGGCUAAAUACUACGAGUUCAAUGAGUCGGACCUCCGUGUGGCUUGCGACACUCUGGAUACUUGGAUCGACGCCACGGCCAUGGGCCGCACCAACCUUCCUCCAGAAAAAGUCCCGUGGGAGGCUCUGGUCACUCUCCUGUCCCAAUGCAUCUACGGAGGAAAGAUCGACAACGCCUUCGACCAGCGUCUGCUGCACUCUUUCUUGUGCAAGCUGUUCACGCCAAGGUCCUUCGAGGCCGACUUUGCUCUGGUCGCCAACGUGGACGGGGCGACCGGCAACCAGCGCCACAUCACCAUGCCGGACGGCAACCGCCGCGACCACUUCCUCAAGUGGAUCGAAGAGCUGUCCGAUAGGCAGACGCCGUCGUGGCUGGGACUGCCCAACAAUGCUGAGAAGGUGCUAUUGACAACCCAAGGAAGCGAUCUCGUAUCGAAACUUCUCAAGAUGCAACAACUUGAAGACGAGGAAGAACUGGCCUACAACGCCGCAGCGCAGGAUGACCUCACCGCGAUGGUGGUGGAAGGAGACGGCAGGCCGGCCUGGAUGAAGACCCUGCACGCGACUGCUACCAACUGGCUGCAGUUGUUGCCACAAGAACUACCCACGCUGCGCCGUACGGUGGAGAACAUCAAAGAUCCGCUGUACCGUUUCUUCGAGCGCGAAGUGGCGGCCGGCGCGUCGCUACUGCAGCAAGUGUUGCACGACCUGCGCAAUGUCAUCUCCAUCUGUCAGGGCGAGAUGAAGCAAACAAAUGAGACGCGAGCCAUGGUGGGAGCAUUAGUCCGCGGCAUGCUGCCUUCAAGUUGGCGGCGUUAUGCCGUAGCGCGUGGAUGUACUGUGCAGCAGUGGGUCGGCGACUUCGCGCACCGCGUCACGCAACUCGCAGCUGUCUCUGAGGCCGUGGCUGAUAAGGGCGCCAAGCGACUGCAGAGCGUGCCGGUUUGGCUCGGAGGCCUGCUCAACCCAGAGGCGUAUAUCACUGCAACCCGCCAAUGCGUGGCUCAAGCCAACUCUUGGUCUCUUGAAGAACUUCACCUACAGGUGACGAUCCCGGACCCGGGCACGCCGACGGAGAACGCGCAGUCGGAAUGGUCGUUCUCGGUGACUGGCCUGAAGCUGCAGGGCGCCACCGUCAAGGGCAACCGUCUGCUGCUCACAAACACCAUCAUGGUGGAUCUGCCGCUCACCGUGCUCACUUGGCUACGUGGGCCGGAAACAUCAACAGGCGGGCAGACUCUCACCCUCCCGGUGUAUUUGAACAGCGCGCGUUCCGAGCUACUGUUCACUGUGCGCCUACCAGUCGCGCCUGGGCAGGAGCCUCACGCCUUCUACGAGCGAGGCGUCGCCCUCCUUACCUCUACCGCACUCAACUAAACUGUUUAGAUGUUGGAAAAUAUUUCGGCAUAGACGUCACACGUGUAUUAUUAUAAUUACUGAUGUUUAACAUGUUUAUUCAAAAAUAUACGGUUUCUUGAGAUUCUAUUAUUAUAUCACUUGAUUUUUAAAUGCCUCUGGCACAAGGCAACUUCAUCUCGAUGAUAAUAUUGAUUUGUAAAGCUUAAAUAUUAUGUUUUUUCAGUAAGUUUAGGGUCUUACAUGCUUUCUAUCGCAAGAUUAAAAAUAUAUUAGCAAAAGCUUAGCAAAUAAAGAUACAAAAUGUAACCCAGUAUUUAUUGUUUCUAUUUAAUAAAUAUUUAUUUAAAAAUA